UCUUCUUUCCUCUCGUGAUAACUUCCAAUUCAUAUUCUGCUCUCUUUCUCUUCCAUUAACCUUUUUUUCGGUUACCAAAAACACUCUUACCUUCAAUUUACCUUUUUUUCUAAUACGAUCAGUUGAUCAUUUUCAUUAAUCAUUAGAGUUUAAUUGUUAUGGACAAACUAACUGAUUAAGAUUCGUAAAAUUUUUUAAUAAUGAUAAACAAAAGAUGAUAAAGUUGAUUAAAUAUCAAUCGUAUGAUGAAUCUUUGAUUUGAUCUUAGUUAUGGAUCAAUGAUUGAUUCAAUUUCCAUCAAUUAACCAAUCCUUUUUUAUUUUAUUAAUUAAUUGUUUUCUCUAAUUUUAUUCUCUCUCUCUCUCUCUCUCUCCUUUUAAUUUUCUUAUUGGUCAUCCAAUUAACCAUGAAAAGUAGACUCAAGGAGAUUAAAUCAUUUGAAGAUAAUCAAAUCAAUUGGAAUCGUCCUGAUGAUCAGUUGAAAUCUUCAAAUGUAAGUUCAAUUUGUUUUAAUAGUCUUUCUGAUCAUCCCAAUCCUAGUGACAAUUUAUUAAUUAGUUCACAUACAAAGUGGUUUAAAAAAUCAUCCUACAAAUUAAAUGGAAAUAUAAAAAGUGAUCCAAUUAAAUUACCAAUCAUGAUGAUUACGUUAAUUGUUUUGUGCCUUGCAAUUGUGUCCAAUGGUCAAAGGACCGAUUGGUUAAAUCCAUUGUUUUCCUAUUCAUCAUCUUCACCUUUAAACUUGCCAAUAUCAUCAUCAUCUUCAUUACAUACAAUUCAAAGGAGAAGCUCAUCUUAUCCUUCAUUAUCUUCACCUUUCUCUCCCUCAUCAUCAUCAUCAUCAUCUUCAUCUCCAUCAACUGGAUUAAAAUCACUAUUCUCAUCUUUAAUACCAAGCUCAUUAAUUCCUAGAGCUCUUGGUGGCAAUAAUGGUGGCGGUGGUGGUGGUAAUCGAGGUUCAUGGAGAAAUUAUUUUCCCUCUUCGAUUUUAUCAUCUUCAUCCUCUGAUCAAUCAAAUCCUUUCGUUAAUUCAUUAGGAUCUUCCUUGUCAUCAUCAGAAUCAUCAUCAAUCCCAGCAUUCGCUUAUACACCUUAUACGGUUGAAGAAUCAGUUCCAGCACCAAUAUCGUUUGAUUCAUUUUCCUCUUCAUCAUCUUCAUCCUCAACAGGUUCUAUGCCAAAUCAAUAUGUUCCUUCAACAAUUAACAGUAAUCUUAAUUUCGGUAAUAAUAAAGGAUUUCUGUCAACUGGUUCAUCAACAAUUAACAUGAACAGUGCCUUCCAACCAAUGUCAUCGACUAACAAUUUUGUCGCAGUUAAACCAAGUCAAACUUAUUCAUCAGCUGAAUCUUACCCUUCGGUUGGCUAUGCAUCAACCUCAUCGGGAUCUAAUUUAGUACCAAAGGUCAGUUAUCCGUCGUCAAUGACCGUACGAUCACCUUCAAUGGUAUCUCCUGGUAAACGAAGUAAAUCUCAACAAUCAGAGGCUUCUGAACAAUCAUCGGGACCUACAAUUAGUAUUGGAGGUGCACCGGGUGGUGGGACAGCAAUUAGAUUCGGUAAGGCACAGAUCACCUUUAAAAAAGGUCAAAUAAGUGUCGGUCCAGCGGCUAAUGGACAAUCAAGUAAACCGAUCAAGAAAAAAUCAACUUACUCAUCAGCACCGAUCGCUGGUGGUUUACCUUCAGCAAGUUCAAAUCGAGGUAUUUCACUUGAUUUAGGACGAGGAUCCUCAGGUCGAGGUGUGUCAAUCAGCUUCGGAGGCGGAGGUGGCGGUGGGUCAUCACCUUCAGGGAGAUCGAGAGGUCAAUCUGCUGCUUCUGCUAAUCAUCAUGAUGAAGAUAAAGCAGGAAGUGAAGGGCCAGGAAUCUCAUUCGGCGGUGGAUCAGGUAUUCGACUUCCAUCAAUCAGCUUUGGUAAUGGUGGGUUAACCAUCGGCGGAGGAGGUGGAGGGGGACAAGAUGAUUACGCUGAUGGUUCGGGUAAAACAGCCGCCGAAUCAUCUUAUCCCAGUUACCAUGGAAGUGGAUACGGUAAAUCGUACUACAAGCCACCUCCUCGACCCCGAAUAAAGCUCAAGUUGCCGCAUUUCCCCAAGACUUACAUUGAAUCGAACCUUAAAUUACCUCCUCUCAAGGUGAAACUUCAUGCAGCUCCGAGAGUAAAAAUCACCACUGGAACCAAAGAUCCGCUUGAGCCAAAACCAGUUGAAGAAGAUCAUAACAUGAGUGAUAUUUUCCUUCCACCUGAACCUUUUCCCAAAAAGACCAACGGAUCGGAAGAGGAUAAAAAUAAAGAUAAAGUUCCCAUUGAACCACCGCCACCUUCUCCACACUCUCCUGGUCCAUAUCCAUAUCCACCACAUCCUCAUCAUCCUUAUCCUCCUCCUCCACCACCUUAUCCAGGACAUGGACCAUAUCCACCUCCACCAUCAGGUCCUCAUGGUUCACCCAAUCCAUAUUAUCCUCCACCACCAAUACCAGGAAGUCAUCCAGUUCCUCCUCCUGGACAUGGUAAUGGUCAUCCAGUUCCACCUCCACCCUCAUAUCAUCAAUCAUACAACAAUUAUGAGACUGAAAAAUAUGCAAAUAAUUAUCAAUAUUCAUCAGGAUCAAGUUACAAAUCAUCAAGUGGUGAUAGUUACUCAGCACCAUACAAAGCAGCCGCUUCAGGUUAUUCACCAUUUCAGCCCAUUAAUAAUAACGGUAAAUGGUCUGGUCCACCGGAGGGAAGUCCCCAUUCAACAAACAGGGUCACUCUCGCAGCAAAUGGUGCAAGUUACCCAGUUGGAGGUAAUGGUCAAGAGAUUGCACCAAGUGGAAGAUCAUAUACAGGAUAUGGUCCACCCCAUCAACCACCACCACCACCACCAUCACCUCCUUCUGUUCCUUAUCAACCUCAUCAUGUGCCUUAUCCUCCUCCACCUCCUGGACCACCCGGACCGGGAUAUUCUGGUCAUCCAUCACCAGGAUACGAAAGUAAACCCAAAUACGGGGGCAGUUACCCGAAAGAAGUUUUCGGUAAAAAGAUCGUCAAAUAUAAUCGAGCCACAAAUGAUAAACCUCAGCUCAUUUUGGACAUUCGUCCAAGGAUAAGUCUACACAGUGUCAACGCAACUCACCCCGAAAAGAAGCACAAACACAAAGAUCCAUUCUUCAAGCUUAAACUCAACCCAGUUUGGCUCAAUCGAACUGAAUCUUAUGGCUAUGGGUCAGGAGAUAAUAGUGGUUAUGGUGGUGCUUAUGGUCAAACAUAUCCAACAUCAACCACUUCGACAACACCAGCACCCGGAAGAACCGAAAGAGCCACAGUGACCACAGAAUCAAGUCGAACGACAUCAGUAACAGAUGAUUACGAUUAUCAAGAUUCGACCACCGAGAAGAGUAAAAAGGAAGAUAAAAAAGAUGCGGAUGAAAGUGAUUACGAUUAUGGUGACGAUAAAAAGAGCGACAAGGAUAAAGACAAGGAGAAGGAGAAAGAAAAAGAAAAGGAAAAGGAAAAGAAGAAGGAAGAUAAAAAAGAUGGAGAUGAUUACGAUUAUGAUGGUGAUGAGAAGAAAAAGGAUAAUGACAAAAAGGAGAAGGAAAAAGAGAAGGAUAAAAAAGAAGAUAAAAAAGAAAAAGAAAUCAAAAAGGAUGGAGAUGAUUACGAUUAUGAUGAUAAGGAGAAGGAAAAGGAAAAGGAAAAGGAGAAAAAGAAAGAUGAAGAUGAGAAGAAAAAGAAAGAGAAAAAAGAUGAAAUCGAAGAUGACAAAGAGAAGAAACCAAACAAGGAAGACAAAAAGGACAAGAAAGAUGAUGAAGAUUUUUCAUAUGAUGAUUACGAUGAAAACGGUAAAGGUAACGGUAAAAAGAAGGAGAGUAAAGACAAAUCAAAGGAUAAAAAGAAAGAUGAUGAAGAUGACAAGGAAAAGAAAAUGGAGAAGAAAAAGAAAUCAGAUGAUUACGAUUAUGGGGACGAAGAAUCAGGAAAAUCGAAUAAAAAAAGCGAAAUGAAACCAACAUCAGAUGAGAAGAAAAAAGAAUCGACCUCAACGACGACCAGUAAACCAGCGGGGAAAAAGGAAGAUGAUUACGAUUACCAGGAAGAGAAGACAAAAGAAAUGUCCGAAAAGAAAACGAAAAGAGAUGAAACUGGUCAAGCAGUGAAAGCGAAAAAGUUGUACAUCGAUGAUUAUUCGUACUCACCAGGUUAUCAGAAUGGUUAUUCUCAGGUGAGUAACGGUAAAAAAGAGGAGGACAAGAAAGAAGAGGAUAAAAAGAAAGACGAAGAUGUUAAGAAAGAGGAUAACGUUGACUACGAUAGUGGGUCAUCGUCGGCGGUCACUCCUUCACCUUCAACAAGCUCAACUAAACGGGAAGAUAAUGAAGACUAUGAGAAUGACGAUCUGGAAGGAGCCAAAACAAUCAGGGGAACCGAUGAUUCAGUCAACAAGCAGGGUGAUGAAGAUGAUGGUGGUAACAAUGAGGAAGAUAAUUUAACUGAUAGUGAAGGCGAUGGGGGAAUUAUUAAUGAAGAGAUUGAUGGAGAUAAAUUGACAACAAUUAAGAAAUCAGUUGGCAACGAUGUCAAGAUAACCACCAUGACCGAUAGUUUGGCCUCCGUCCAGGCCAAAAUUGAACAGAUGAAGCGGAUGACCAAUACAACGGGAACCGCUGAAGAUGUUCCCAUAAUUGUUGUUCUGCUUCCUCCCGAUUCUGAGGAAUCAUCAACUCCAUUAACUGCUACAAUUAAGAAACAAUCAAGAAAAAGUAAAUCAAACAAAAGUAAAUCUGAUUAAACAAAAAGUUCAACAAAUCAAAAAGAUUCAUCAUCAUGAUGAUCAUUUACUUUUCCAAUAUAAAGUUUCCAAUUAAUCUAUUUUUUUUUAAUUCUUUAUUAAUUCACUUGAAUUUUUGUUCCCCUUUGUUAACAAUCAAUUGAUUUGUAACAAUUAAUCAAUUACUUUUCUCAUCUCAUCAUAAAAACCUGUAAAUUUCAUCACUUUUCAUCAUUCUGACAAUCAGAAUAAUCAAUUUACUUUCAAUUGAAAGAUAUUCAUAUUCAUCCAAUUAUUAAUUGCUAAUUAACUGUUAUUCUAGAAUUGAUAAUUUAAGUUUUCAUUAUUAAUUCGGUUUUUUUACUUCUCUUGAUUGUGAUUCUUAAAUUAAAAAGUUAAUUGUCAAUCGAAUCA